AUGCCAGGAGAUCCUACAGAAUCAGAUUUCAUUUUCCCGAGAGAACAACGUGAGAAUCAACGAAGAGAUCCUAAGUCAUCGACCAAUGUGGACGAUGUCAGGAAUCGUUCCCGAUAUCCACCUGUCGUACAUCAUAAACCGGAUUCAGUCGCUACUCCAGUUAGUGAUAAUCGGGUCAAUCAAUCACGAGAUAACGCACAGGAUUUUAAACAAAAAAACAAACUUGCAGGUUCUGUUAGUUUACCUCGUAAACUGGAUAAUCAGAUACCAAAAUCACCAGAAGCACAUUUUGAACGUUCAGAAGUCUUGAAGAAUGCUUUUCACGCAGACGAAGAAUUAUCUCCAAGAAGAACACCCAGAGCAGCCUAUCCAAGCCAGAUUUUUGGUAUUGAGAAAAACACAAGGAAAGAUGUACGAGAUCUUUUGGAAUAUCUUGGCCACAAUCUCCCAAUCAUGAACAAACGUGGACCAAUGAGUGGUCAAUGUAUUCCUGAAACUGACCAGAUGGAAAAUUUUCUUCGGCAAAACUUUGAUUUUCGUAAUAUUGAGGGAAAAUACAUAGUUUCUGGUGUACGAGCAUUUGAAAUUCGUAUACCUGUUCAGAAAAUGAAUCCGACUACAAAAAUUUAUUUUCCUGAUAAGCAAUCCAAUGCAUUUGUUACAACCGUGGCUGAGAUUUUGAAGUGGCAAGGUUCUUUUGCCGUCUAUGCUGAUCGAACUAUCCAAGGAAUGGACAAAGAGUUUCUUUGCCAAGCUCUUCAGGGAAAAAGUAAGCAUGGUAACGAAGCUUUUUGUAUGAAAUUUGUCGUUCGUAUUUCUGAUUGUCCUAUCUUGAUGAAAUUCGAUGCACAGAUAUUAUCUCGUUCGCUGGACGACAAUUGGCCAAAUCUAAUCAAACUUGUUUCAGUCACAGGUAUUGACUUUGCUGGACGAGAACAUGAUGUCGAUGAUAUCACAACAUACAUCACCAAUUGGAAAGAAGUGUUUCAUCUCGAUAGAAGUACAGGCAUGCCAGCAGUAUUUCAUGGGAGAGAUUUUUAUCUAUUGAGAUCUCAUCCUCCCGUUCAACUUGACACUAGACGCGUAUUAGAUGAUCUUAUGAAAAUGGUAAGAACACGACUAAGAGCAUGCGACAUGGAAAGAGUAGAGAUUGUAGUUGAAACAGGUAUAGGUCUUGGUGUAUUCGCUGGCAAGCAUCUUGGAAUCGAUGAUCAAAUACGAAAACUCUCUGCCUAUGCCGCUCGAUACGUACUUCAAAAAGAAGGAUUUACGUUUACAAAUAUUCGUGCUAUUGUCUUCGCAUUGCCUAUCUUCUCCAAAGACACUAGUGGACGCCGGCUUCCAGAUACUUACGAUGAUUUUGUUAACGAAUUUAGAGCGAACAAUUAUUCUGGAUCUAUUCCUGUUCUUAUUGUUGAUCAAGAUAUGCAUGAAUUAACUUUUACUAUUGCUCGCCAAGGCUUUCGCGUUUCUCAACUUAAUCCAGCAGAUUCUCAUGGCGUGUUCGGUGAAUAUUGGCAAAAUCAUGGACCAGCAGUCGAAGAGAAACUCGCUUUAACAACACUUGGAUUACUUGUUCAACAUCAUCUCAUAAAUCCUUAUGUUCUUGAUCCAAAUAGAUAUAAACUAAUAUGA